CUCAUUUCCACAAACCCAGAGCAUCUCUCACUCACUCACUGGAUCACUGCGAGAUCAGCUCAUCUCUUCAUACAGCGAGGAACACAGUCUGCGCGAACUAUGUGAAGGUUUCCUUAAGAGCUUCUUUGACCAUGCUGUUCCCUGCCUCAAAGUCCGAUGCUAAAUCCGUUCUGGAUGGAGUGGCAGAAACCACGUUCAGAACCAUCACUUCUGGACUUCAGUACAUCGGGUCGAACGACAUCAGCCUAGAUGACCACGUCAUCGACGGAGACUUCGCCAAAAGCGGAUACCCCCGGCCGAAGCCGUUUGCCGCCUACCGAAGAAGCCCUUUCGCAGGCAAAGUGGGACCGGAUGAGGAGCUCAUCGUGAAAGGUCUCCCCUUUUACCCCACUAACAGCUCUGAUGUGUUCGGGAACUGGAGCCUGGGAGAAGAUGGGAGUAGCCUUCAGUGCGGGGAGAACUUUAUGGACAUGGAGUGUUUCAUGAUACUGACUCCUAGCCAACAGCUGGCCGUAGCACUGCUGUCUCUCACGCUGGGGACGUUUACGGUGUUGGAGAACCUCGUGGUCUUGUGUGUGAUACUGCAGUCCCGUACGCUGCGCUGCCGGCCCUCGUACCAUUUCAUCGGGAGCCUGGCCAUCGCAGACCUGCUCGGCAGCGUGAUCUUCGUCUACAGCUUCUUGGACUUUCACGUCUUUCACCGCAAAGACAGUCCGAACAUUUUUCUGUUCAAGCUGGGCGGCGUGACGGCCUCGUUCACCGCGUCUGUGGGAAGCCUGUUCCUCACCGCCAUCGACCGAUACAUUUCCAUCCACCGCCCGCUGUCGUACAGGCGUAUCGUGACGCGCACCAAAGCCGUGAUCGCUUUCUGCGUGAUGUGGGCGAUCUCGGUCAUCAUCGCCGUGCUGCCGCUGCUGGGCUGGAACUGCAAACGCCUCAACUCCGUUUGCUCCGACAUCUUCCCGCUGAUCGACGAGAACUACCUGAUGUUCUGGAUCGGCGUGACCAGCGUUCUGGUCUUGUUCAUCAUCUACGCUUACAUGUACAUCCUCUGGAAGGCCCACCACCACGCGGUGAGGAUGCUGAGGCGCACGUCGCAGAAGAGCCUGGUCGUACACUCCUCCGACGGCACCAAGGUCCAGACCACCAGGCCCGAUCAGGUCCGCAUGGACAUCCGCCUGGCCAAAACCCUGGUUCUCAUCCUGGUGGUGCUGGUGAUCUGUUGGGGGCCUCUUCUGGCCAUCAUGGUGUACGAUCUGUUCUGGCGGAUGGACGACAACAUUAAGACAGUGUUUGCGUUCUGCAGUAUGCUGUGCCUGCUCAACUCCACGGUGAACCCGAUCAUCUACGCCCUGAGGAGUAAGGACCUGCGGAGAGCGUUCCUCACCACCUGCCAGGCCUGCAGGAGCUCCUCCAGCUCGACCCUGACGCUGGACAACAGCCUGGAGUCCGACGGCCAGAGGAACACGCACCGCGCCGCCGAGAGCUGUGUCAAGACCACUGUGAAAAUAGCCAAACUGACCAUGUCCGUCUCGGCGGAGACCUCGGCGGAAGCCGUUUGAUUGUACGGCUCAACUAAAGAAUGUUUGUUUCAAAACACAAAGCUGCUUAAGUUACCACUGGUUUGACGAAGUGUUGACUACGACGUUUCAUUGCUUAAGUGCCAACCCCCCCCCCCCCCCCCCCCCCCCC